AUGCCUUUGUGGCGGCGGAUGCCGGAAAAAAGCGUCGUCAGCAGAAAGGGGCCUCCGGAUCCCAACAAGAUGACAGGUAUCCUACAGUGGGUUCAGGUCCCCGGAUCUGGCGACCCACAAGAACCAUCGGAUGAGACCCGCCGUGAUCGUCGUCGAUCGCGCACUGACAACUCGAGCCGACUGCCAUCCGUUAGGAAACCGCUAGGGGCCGGAAAAUUCUACCCCAUCGAAGGCAUAGGCUCAAAGGGUCCCUUCACAUUGCAUGCUCUUAGUCAUUACUUCGAUAUCCUUCUACCCCACGACGCGAACGCUCUCGGUCUAGGUGGCGCUGCAAAAAACACCUAUAGCUCCGGGCUCCUUUCAUGGGCUUCUCAGUAUGACAUCAUACUUCAUGGUCUGUCGGCGUUCACGCUCUGCAGCGUAGAAAGUCAGGAUGCUACCGGUGCAACCAGUGAUGCGAUUCUGUAUCAUCGCAAUCGGCUUCUUGGCGACCUACACGAGAGACUUUCACGUCGACAAGUGGAUGAUGUUCUGAUCCAAGCAAUAUGUCUUUUGAUUCCUGUGGACGACUAUCUGGGGUACGUUGAAUAUGGCUAA